GAGAUCUGAGAUAUCGGUUCGCUCCGUUCCUCGAGAUUCAUCGAAGCUGAAGUCGUCUCGACGUUGUUUUUUGGAUAAACUUGAACGCGCGAAAGAAUAGAAAAAGUUAGGCUGCAAUCUCUAUUACUGUAUGGUAUGCGUUAUUACAUACAGAUAUUGUCAUCUUCCACACGAUAAGCCAGGAUAAGAUGUACCGUAUGUAAUAUUACAAGGUACGGUAAUAAUUGCUUAUCUUUCCCGUUUUCCCCCGCAAAAAGCGAUUUUGAUAAUCUUCAACUUCUUCAUCUCCGGCUUUUUCAUCUUCCACGACGGCUUCAAGUCUUCGGUUCUUCUCAUCAUCACUCACUGCUGGUUCGCUUCUUCAAGGAUCGCUAUUCUCUUUGGAGACCGCUUGAUCGUGCGCUUUGAUAGCUCCUUGGAACUACCUGGCGGCUGUCAAUCGAUGAGGAGGCCCCUGACCUAGACACGGCGCAAUGCCGAUUCUCAACUCCCCCUUUGCGCCGUCGGCCUUUGCCAACAGCUCUGGCCGCGGCGAGGUCGUUCUCACAGUCCUUCCACCGGCUAUACCGUCUCUAUCGACCGUUUCUUACAAUUAUCCUCUUAAGCUCCUCUCGCGCACCCCCGAGGGUGAAUUAAAGUCCAGGUACCCGGCCACCGCCACACCCCCUUUACACCUCUAUCUUCUUACAUAUGGCGGCGGUCUUCUUCCGGGAGACCACAUUGAUGUCUCUGUGACAGUAAAGCCGAGGGGAAGGCUUGUGGUCACCACUCCACAGGGGAGCACGAAGAUAUACAAGACCGAGGCCCAGGGUGGCAGGAAAAGACCCAUCCCCAAGACCGAUAAUGACCGGAGCAAACAGACCCUCAAAGUCCAAUUGGGCCGUGAGUCUGGGUUGUGCUUGCUGCCUGACCCAUCUGCGCCAUUUGCAGAUAGUCGGUAUGACCAAUUCCAGACAUUCACUCUGCUCCAUGGGGACCACAGCAAGGCUGCAGGCAGCUCACAGGGCGACCAAGGUGUCACUAAACCGGCUCACAAAGGCAGCCUCUGUGUCCUCGACUGGGUCACGGAAGGGCGUAGUGCCAGAGGAGAGAAUUGGUCUUUUGAUUCAUGGACUGGGAGAAAUGAAAUCUGGCUUGAGGACUGCAAGACCGGGAAGAAGAGGUUGCUGCUCCGAGAUGCGGUGAUCUUGAACAACGAGACAGCCGCACAGAAGCAGCUAGAUGCCAGCGACCCUGACAUCUCUGCAGAAAGCUAUAUGUCUUCUACCCAGUCACAGACUUCAGUCCGCUCUCGCGCUCAUCCUCAUGGCGUCCUGGGGACGCUGAUCAUCCACGGACCUCUGUUCGAGUCCCUUGCUGACUUCUUCAUGGAAGCCUUUAUUUCACAACCCAGGAUCGGUGGUCAGAAUUGGUCGUCGAGCUCCACGUACUAUCCCACGCACACAAACGAGCAUGUCAAUAACAACCAGAAAUAUGAUGAUCACAACGACACGACGGAACCGGCAGAGAUGCGCCACGGAAAUGUAACAUGGACGGCUGCUCGAGUACGCAAUGGGUUUGUCCUCGUGAAGUUUGGUGCUCCAGACUUUGAGAAUGCCCGAGAUUGGCUGAGCCAUAUGCUCAGGGCGGAAGGGAGCAUUCAGCGUGAGUUCGGCGAAGAGGCCCUCGGCUCCUUGUAGAAUAGACCUGUAGACUUUUUGUGUAUAUACUUACGGAGGUCUCCACCAUAAGUCUUCAACACCCCCCUUGUAUUUUUGGCUGUAAUUGCUGUACAAGUGUCUUAGGUUCAACAGAUUAUUGACCAAUUAUACUAGAGACUAUUAGCGACUGGUGGAAAAAGGGGCCAGUGAUAUAAAAUAUUGAGGCACCUAGAGACAAAGCAGGAUUAGCUGGUUUGUAAAGCCACUGUAUAUAAAACACUAGUAUUUUAGGGGGGUGUUGAAGACUUAUGGUGGAGACCUCCGUACUGCAUGUUUCCUUGUUUCCUCUAUGUUCUAUUAUUGGCAUAUCCCUUGACAGGUAUUUCUUUUCCUGUAAGGUUGCUGAUAUCGAUGGGCAAAUUCCGAUGACGAGGCUAUCUCAUUUAACAGAUCUUCCAAUCUGCACCAAGAACCAGGUAGUUGCAUGCAGUCCUCAGCUGCCAAAGCACGGCAGAUUUUUGGUUGAGGUCCUGAGUAGUUGCUGAUCGUCCACACAUGCUGCUAUUCUUUGCUUCAUUGUCGCUGUUAGCCUCAAGUGAACUCGAGAUGAUUGACAGUCCAGCCUCCAUAAAAACGAAGGGUGCAACCAAUCAACCAAGCCUGACUUCGGGGCUACUACAUCGUACCUUAAUAUAAGGGAGUAAAAGGGUAGCAGUCUUGUGCAAGGAACGUUUCAUUGCAGUUCAAAUUAAGUUGAUCCAAGCUAGUCCCAGAAUGUUUCUAUUAUUAGUGAAUAAUCACUCUGUUAUACGAGCCUCAGGGGCAACGUGGAUAGGGGACUGGCAGGACCAAAC